GGGCUGGGCCGGGCCGGGCCGGGCCGGGCCCCACCGUGGCCCGCCGCCAUGGACCCGUUCCUGGUGCUGCUGCACUCGGUGUCGGCCGGCCUGUCGAGCAGCGAGCUGACCGAGCUCAAGUUCUUGUGCCAGAGCCGAGUGGGCAAGAGGAAGCUGGAGCGCGUGCAGUGCGGCCUCGACCUCUUCUCCGUGCUGCUCGAGCAGAACGAGCUGGACCGCGAGCGCACCGGGCUGCUGCGCGAGCUGCUCGCCUCCCUGCGGCGCCAGGACCUGCUGGGGCGCCUGGACAGCUUCGAGGCGGGCGCGGCGGCCGAGGUCUCGUCGGAGGAGCGAGACCUGCGUGCAGCGUUCGACAUCAUAUGUGACCACGUGGGGAAGGACUGGAGAAGGCUGGCCCGCCAGCUUCGAGUGUCUGACGCCAUGAUCGAUGCCAUCGAGGAGAAGUAUCCCCGCAAUCUGACAGAGCAGGUGAGGGAGUCGCUGAGAGUCUGGAAGAACAUCCACAAGGAGGACCCGGCUGUGUCCCACCUGGUGAGGGCGCUCAGGGCCUGCCAGCUGAACCUGGUGGCCGACCUCAUCGAGGACGAUCAGCAGGCCCGGAGCCUCGAGAGCGAGACCAGUCGAGGUGGCGGCACCGGCACCGUGUCCCUGACGUCACGGGACUCAGAUAGGCCGUCCUCGGGGGUCCCCUGGUGACCCAGCGGCUCUUCCCCGGGGGCCUGGGGGCAUCGGCACAGCCCGAACUUUGGUUCCCCUGCCAAGCUUGACCACGUGCCUUCCGCGUGCCAGUGCCGUGAAGUCCUAGCCGUGAGCCGGGACGAGGGACCCAGCGCUCAAGGCCCAGAGUGGCGUCUCCAUCAGAGCUGGCAUUCACUGAGCAUUUGCUGUGUGCCAGACGGGACUUGGGCGCGUACAGAUGCUUUCAUUCGUUCCUCAUGAUUGCCCCAGAGAGGGGGAGUCUGUUGUCCCAUUAAAUGAGGCCCUGCGGGAGGAAGUUUGGGAUCCACACCCAGCACACAGAGGGACAUAAAAGUCAGCGUUAUCACUGUCGUCACCAUACAGGUGGGGGGACAGUGCCGAGGCCAGCGGCCGGGCGGUCGGCAGCCGUGGGAAAGCAGGGAGCUGAGCCGGGGCCGUGAGGCUCCAGCGUUCACACGGGCCCACAGGGUCAUUCUGUUGCUCCCAGAGCCGGCCAGAGGCUUUGAGGCCGUCAGCGUAGACCCGUGUACCCGGACAGGUGGCGUGGGGAAAGCUGGUGGGCUCGUGGCCCUUGCGUGUGUCAAGGGACAGCAAGGCUUAUGAGGACGGCCGGGAAUAACACUGUUAAGUGCUCAGGGGUGAUCGGUACAGAGUCCGUGCUCUACAGAUGUUAGUUCUUAGAAGUAUUAUGACUUCAAAAUCAUGACUGUCAAAAUCACUGUUCUGAUCACCGAUUUUAGUAAGGGAGCUGGAUCCGGUCUUCGUGCUUCGGAGGUAAUCCUCUUAAAGCCUGUGCCUGUACAGUGAGAAGCUGCACAAUGCAGAGAAUUUCCCUCCCUGAUGACGAUCUCAUUUCUCAUGUUCUCGAAAGUCCCGUCGGGUCAGUUUCAAUACCCCUUGUGGCUUAUCUGAGGCUGAACUGGGAACAGCAUGGCCACUCUUCAUAACGGUUCCAGGAGCCGCCAGCAAGGGAGCUUUUGCCACCUCUCGCCAGCCCCUGGCCCGCCUGUCUCUGAGAGGCACCAGAGAGUCGCGUGGCUGUCCCUCGUUCGGGCCAUCUGGCCACGGCCUUGAGAAAGCCACCCGUGAUGUCCUUCCGUGCCACCUUGACCUUAGGCUGGACGAGGCGGCCCGCUCGGUAGACUGCGGACACCUGGCCGGGAGCACAGGCAUUAACCAGUUCACGGGUUCGGGCGCUGCCAGGGGGCUGAGCCAGUCUGGGGCCCGUGCCACCGCAGCCUGGCCCUGCGUCAUGUGCCGGGCGUGUGCCCCAUGUGCCAGCGCGCCUGCCUCUUGGAGCCUGUGUCAGAGCGGGUUCUGUGGGUAACAGACGUCGUCACGGCCCGCAACUGUCGGCGGCUUUGCUGACGAGUAGCUUUGGGCAGCAGGUUUUCCGGAAAAUGUGCCCCUACCUAUAGGAUAGGCGGACUUCAGAGGUCCUCCGUCCCCUCAAAGCUGCUGAAAUGUGCAAGUGCCCAGACACCCUGACAUCCACCCUGUGUCCCCCUACGUGCCUCCCACCCCUGGAAGGAGCCCCCGACCCUCCAUACCAGGUGCGCUGAUAGGGGCCUUGACCUGUGAUUCCCGCACAGGGAAUUUUCCGCGGCUCUGCCGCUGCGUCCCGUCUCAGUCCCGCGCGUGGCGAGUCACCAGGGUGCCCCCGGCACCCCUGUGCAUGUGGUGAGUGGGGAGGAGCACGGGCUCUGGAGCAGCCUCGCGGGACCUCCUCUCCAGGCCCGGAUCUGAGCUCCGAGACUCGGGGAAGACGGCGGGUGAGGAGAGUCUCCGUCCUGCUCUGCGGGGCCGUGCGCGCCACCCACUCCCCGGGACCCGCCAGCUGGGUGCCGCCGGGGCAGAGCCCUGGGGCCCGGUGACAGGGGUGAACCUGCCCGACAAGCUGCCCCCGGGAGAUGGUAGCUCAAGGCCAGACGGAAGCACGGGUCCCGCGUUGGCGGCCAGGAUGCCCCCACCGAAACCAGCGCGGGGCCGGGCAUCGAGGGGCCACGGCAGGGCCAGCAGCCUGCCCGCGGGUCCCCUGCCUCGCGGGACGAAGGGAGAGUGUGUGGCUUGGGGCAGAAGCACGGGGCUGGUGUGGGCGCCGCGGGCGGGGAGACCCACGGCAGACGUUUGAGAACAGUGGUUUUUUGGGUGAUAUUUAGACUUCCUGUAUCGUCCACAUUUUCUGUACUUGUGUUUUCGUCAUCCACCAGAUGCAGGUAACGGGUGUGCCCUGGGCCGUUAGGCGGGAGAGGCCCCAGAGAGCAGUGGAGCAGGGGGGCUUUCCAGUCUGACCCUGGUCGGGUCCCGGCCUCACCACCUUCAGAAGCGACCGCUAGAUGAGUGUCAGGCGCUUGCCCAAGUGCGUGGCAGCUCCUUCCUCAGGCACCUUAAACGUGAGUGGUGACAUUUCACCCAGAGCCCCACAGGUUUGUCGGGAGGCUCUUCCGGUCCUUGUGACCUCACCGCACUUGAGCCCGGCCUGUGGCCUCUGGUCCUGGGAUGUCUUCCCCCCCCCCCCCCCAACCCCCAGGUGAUUAGAAACACUGCUUCGGGGUAGAAGGUCCUCUGGGUCUAUGGUAACCGCUGCUGGGACAGAGCUGAUUGACAUCUGAUCAGAACCAUGACCUUUGUGACGGCGAGCGGCCACCAUGUUUAGACAGGAAUUUCUCGCGGCAGCUUCACAAAAAAAGACGAUCCGUGUGCCAUUUAUUUGUUGUGUGAAUUUUG